AUGGCCAUGGACAAUGCCAGGCAGCUGCUGUACUUCUGCGACACGGGGAACCACAAGAUCAAAGUCUUAGACAUCUCCCGGAACGAGGUGCUGACAGUGGCCGGCAUUGGCGCCUCUGUGAGCAAAUUUAGUGGGGAUGGCCAACCAGCACGGGACGCGGUGAUGGCAACCCCCGCAGGGCUCGCACUGGAUGAGGCUGCCAGCGUGAGCCAGGAGAACGGACACCUCUACCUUGCGGAUCACGAGAAUCACGUGAUCCGACGCGUCAAGCUGGGCGAGAAUCGUCUCACCGGCAUCAUCGAGUCUGUGGCCGGCACCGGCGUGGGCGGGUUGGCGCAGGAUGGGCUCGCGCCCUUGUUGUCGCGGUUCAACUACCCGCGCGGCCUCGCUCUGGAGAAACUGAGCACCGGCGUGAGGAUCUACGUCGCGGACUCCCGGAACCAUCAGGUGGCGGUGGUGGAUCUCACUAGCCCCCAGAUGGUCCGGAAGAUUGCGGGCCGGCUGGAAGCAGGAGUGGUACCCACAGAGGUGGGGGACAAGGGCCCGGCGCUGGAGGCACAAGUCUAUCAGCCUGAGGCCAUCGCCUUCGCCAAUGGCGAACUCUUCUUCGCCGAGCCGAGGAUGGACCGACUCCGGCAGAUGGACCUCAGCUCCGGCGUCAUCGACACGGCGCUCAGCACCUACGCCGUGAACUUCUCGGCCGGCGAGGGCCUGGCAGGCGUCAUCGCCCUGGAUUACGACGCUGGCCUGGCCUUGCCGCUCGGCGUGGCGGUGCUGGGGGACACGUUGCUCACGGCCUCCUACGGCACAGGCCAAGUCAGGCAGACCAACCUCACCAGCGGCAUUACCACAGACAUGGCCGGAAGGCGCAACUUGGGCUACUUCACGGCCUCCCCGGGCGCUGGGGAUGGGAGUCGCGCCCUCGACGCCAUCCUUGCGGGCCCGGUGGCGGUCAUCGCACACGAGGAGCGACAGGUGGUGUACAUCGCGGAGAGCGACACUGGGCGCAUCCGCCAGGUCAACCUCUCCACAGGGAUCAUCGCCACCCUCCCGCCGUCCGUGCCGCUACCGGGCUCCCAGCCAGAGCUCUUCAGUAUGGCGCUGGACACGCUAAAUCACCUGCUUUACGUUUCCUCGCCUUCAGACCAGGUGGUCUACGGCCUGCGCCUGGACGCCCAGCCCUGCCUGGCGCCUUUGGUGGCAAAUGCUGCCGCGCCCGCCUGCGCCGAGGGCGAGGAGGUUCAGAUCGACCACUGCACGCCAGUAUGUGCAACUGGCUACGAACCGGACUUGGAGAGUUUGCACUGCGCGCACGGCAUAUUGACCCCGCCCAGCUUCAACUGCCGCGAGGCCCCGUGCCUGGUGCCGUGGGGCAUCGAGCACGCGGAGCUCCCACCUUGUGAGGAGGGCAUGAAGGUGGCCUCCGGUGACCUGUGCACUGCGCGGUGCAUGAGCGGCUACUACGCGGACACCAACCUGACCUGUGAGAAAGGCGUCUUUCAGCCGAGCACCUUCCAGUGCCUUUCGCCCACCACUGUGACGGUGACAGCCGCUCAGGCAGUAGCCGACAACUCCUCCGCAACCACGGCCGCCCCAGCCAACAGCGAGGUGGACGCGGCCGGCUCCGCCGCCGAGGCGGAUUCUGAGCUCUGGGUGGAAGAUCUCUUCGGCGGAAUGGUAGUGUAUGAUCCCUCCACCGCUGUGCGCAGCGAAGUGCCGCUGGAAGGAUCCUUCAGCUUCGAGGCUCUGACCUCGGGCCUCACGUUCGCCGAGGUUUCGUUGCUGGCGCAGGGCUCCGGCUUGCGGCGGCCCCUGAGCUUGGCGCUGAUCCAGACCUUGAAGCUGCUCCCGGAGGACCUCGAGCUGCUGGCGCUGACGGCCACGCUGCCCUCGGGCGGCCGGCGUCUCGCCAGCCUCUCGCACCGCUUCAGCCUGGCCUUUGCCGUGCCCCGGCCCCCGCUGUGGGUGCCGAAGAUGGCGGAGGCCUUACGCCACUCCACCGGCCCGGCGCGGCAGGCCUGGGCGUCUUCGCUCCAGACGGUGCUGUUCGUAGAGGCUAUGGCAGACGUGGCGGCCAACCGUGACAGGCCCUGCCCUUUGCCCACCGCACCGACUGACGCGCCGCUGGUGAUGUGCGAGGAGGCGCAGCGGUUGACCCCUUCGGGGGGCAUUUGCAGUACUCGAUGCCUGGAGCCUUUGGUGCCCAGCGAGGCGCAGCUGCAUUGCUUCGCGGGCUUUUGGAGCCCUGCCAGCUUCGUAUGCCAGGCAACAGCGGCACAAGACAGCUGCCCCGUGCCAGCAGGGGUGGCCCAUGCAGCGGACCCGCCCUGCCAAGAAGCUGAGGCCGGCUCGGUGCAGCGGGGCCAAGUGUGCACGCCACGCUGCAGCAGCGGCUGGGUGCCCACGGAAGCCGUGCUCGCCUGCGGCUCCUCGCUCCAGCCCAGCACCUUUGCCUGCGUCAAGCCGGACUGCCGCGCGCCGGCGGUGGCCAACGCUGCCGAGCCCUCGUGCCUCGAGGGGCACUGGGUCACCUCCGGAAGGCAGUGCACGGCCCGGUGCCUGCCGGGCUUCGUGGCCUCCGUGACCUUCCUGAGCUGCAGCUUGGGCACGCUGGCGCCCCCGCGCUUUCUCUGCACCAACGCGAGCAUCGUAGACACCGGAGAUGCCGACGACGUGUGGGGCUCUCUGAACACGAGGCCGGCGACUGCUUCCACAACUCAAGCUUCCUCUUCGAAUUCCACAACCGCGGCAAACGAGGUGCAGAGUGAGGAGACUGUGCUUCUGAACCUGUUCACCAGUGAGACCUUUGUUCUCGCAGCGGCCUCCACAGGUGGAGCCUGCGGACUUUUCUUGGUGUGCUGCGUCUUUCUGCGGCUGCUGCGGCGCCGGCGCCGGCAGAGCAACCACGUACGGGAGGCCGCCGCUGGUUGGGAGUCGGCCAUCGAGGAGAUCCGACCAGCGAUGGACUCCCCGCGCCGUAGCCCCCGGCGGCGCAAGAAGAGCGGCGUGACAAGCGGCUCUGAGACGAGCGAGGCCGGUGAGGAGGCGAAGGGGGAGCUCUUCGAGAUCGAUGGCUUGGAAGGCCCAGAGGAGGUCAAGGAGAUCUUGAGGCUGGUGGCCGGGAAAGAUGCCAAGCCUGAGGAGGUUCAGGACGGAGGCGAGCAAACGCCGCGAGAGGAGGAGCAUGAGGAUCCGGAAUGGAAGGGGGAGCAGCAGGCGAACAUGCCGGAGGACGCCGACUUUCAGGAUCUGCCGCCGCAGCCGGAGCCGGAGCUUCUGCUGCUGGCCAUCGAGGCGGCGAACGAGGCCGAGGCGCCGAGGCCGAGGUCGAAGGACGCAGUCUUCGAGGCGAUGGAUCGUGAGCUCGGCGAGGCUUGCGACUCCGCCCGGGAGGUUCCUCCACUGAGCUUGAGCCUGAGGUCGCUCCGCCGUGGCCCAGCAGCCGAAGAAGCACCGAUGAGAGGGUGGUUCAAGGUGGACGACUUGUGCAAUCAAGACGAGGGAACGCCCUCCAACAAGAUGGCGCAUUGGGAUGCCUGCAGCGUGGCCUCAGAGCAGAGGGCCCGCCAUGCCGUGGCGGCGGCACAGGCGGCUGCGCAGGGCUCGCCCUUGAGCACGCGCUACAGCGUGCCGCCGCUGGAGCCGCUGUCCCCUACUCGAGUGCGAGGCCGCCAGCCUGUGAGGCGCAGCUUCGCCAAGGAUCUGUUGGACCGCUUCCGGCAAACUACCACGGAAUGGCAGCUGCGAGAGCUGGGUCUUGUGGCGCUAGGCGUUCUGGCCUUCAUUUGCCUCAUUUGCUCGUUGGCGGGCUCAGAGGACCCGCACCCCUUGGCGGCGGUGCUGGCAGCGCUACUGGGGUGGCUGAGCCUCUAUGCGUACAUGCUGCAGGCGGAGUGCCAGCGCCUGUCGCGGAGCCCUGUGCAGCAAGCCAGCGUGGACGCUGAGGUGGGCUGCGUGUCCCAGGCCUUUGAGCACGGGGCGGCGCUUGGGUGGUCCCUGCACGGGCCGGCGCUCUGCAGCGGCCUGAGGCUUUCACUGCUGCUGGUCUUGUUUCUUCUCGGCCGUGCCUCUCGGGGCUCGGAUCGCACGCGCACGUGGAACAUCCUGCGGCAGGUGUUCCCCUACGCAGUCUACGUGCCGCUCACAGGUCUCUGUGUGGCGCGAGUAGUCACCGACCCUCCGCCUGAGACGCCUUCUGGGGCGCUCUUCUGGCUCGCGCUGGUGCUCUCCUUCCUCUGCGGCGCCGCAGAGGACCGGCUCACGCUGCAGGCGCCGAGAGCCCGCGCCGAGAACGAGACCGAGCUCUUGGAGACUCCCAGCGCGGCGGACGCGGCGGGCGAAGGCGAAGCUGAGAGUCGGAGGAAGAAAGACUCCUUGUGGAAGCUGCUGGACUUGGUCUUGCUGGAAUGGCCUUUGCUGAUCCAGGCGGGGAUUUGCCUAAUGGUGGCGGCCAUUGCCGACGUGCUGAUUCCGCACUACAUUAGCCAGACCAUCAGCCUCAUCAUCCUGGCAGAGGAGCAGGGCACCUUAGCCUCUCGCCCCUACAAGCAGCCGGUGCUGUGCCUUCUGCUGGCCGCGGCCACAUCCGCGGUGUUCUCCGCCAUGAGGGGCGGGACCUUCAUCGUCAUCGGCGGGCGCCUGGGGGUGACCCUCAGGUGCCGGCUCCUCGAGACGCUCACGCGCCAGGAGAUCGGCUUUUUCGACACCACCAAGAUCGGUGAGCUGACCUCACGUAUGACCCAGGAUUGCCAACAAGUCGUUGAUCAGGCCUACUUGAACGUGAAUGUCUUCCUGCGGACGUUGGUGUCUAUCAUCACCACCAUCGCCUUUAUGUUCUCCAUCACCGUGCCUCUGACGAUGGUGGCCUUCGUCUCGGUGCCUUGUGUGGUGAUCGUCUGCAUGAAAUACUCCGAGAUCUUUCGGCAGAUCAGCGAGAAGGCCCAGGAGUCACUGGCCGACGCCAACGCAGUGGCCAACGAAUCCCUGGGCAAUAUGUCCACGGUUCGGAGCUUCGCAGCGGAGGGCUUGGAGGUGCGGCGCUUUGCCACCGCCAUGGCGGUCUACAGGCGCCUCAUGAAGCGCAGGGGCACCUUCUACCUGUGCUACGUGACCUCCACCAUGAUGCUGCCGCAGGUGGUCACCGCCUUGAUCCUCUUCUAUGGCGGGAAGUUGGCCAUGACGGGGGAGGUGCAUGCCAGCAGUCUGUUGUCCUUUGUGUUCUAUUUGCAAACGCUGAACAGCAACUUCUCCAUCCUCGGUGACUUCUACACGAACAUGGUCCAGGCGGCCGGGGCGGCGGUGCGGGUCUUCGAGCUCUGCGAGCGCCAGGCGGAAGGCCCAUCCGCUGGGACCUGCGAGGUCUCGGCAGAGAAGGGCGAGCUGCGGCUCCGCAAUCUGCACUUCUCCUACCCAGCCCGGCCCGAGGUGAAGAUCCUGAAGGGCCUGAAUCUGGACAUUCCCGGUAGUCAGGUGGUUGCGCUGGUGGGCCCAUCUGGCAAUGGCAAGAGCACAGUCAUCGGUCUGGUGAAGCGUCUCUACCACGCCUCCGAAGGGGAGAUCACGCUGGAUGGUAUCCCGAUCUGGGACUACUCCCACGCCCAUUUCCACCGAGUGAUCUCUAUCGUGGGUCAGGAGCCCGUGCUCUUUGCGCGCUCGGUGCGGGACAAUAUUCUGCUGGGCUUGGUGAAUCCCAAGCAAGUGGCGGGGGAAAGGAUCCCGGAGCUGCCUGGAUGCCAAGACCUGGCACAGAAAGACAUCGAGGAGCUGGCGCGCAAGGCGAACGCCCACGACUUCAUCUGCGCCAUGCCGCAAGGCUACGACUCGGAGGUGGGGGAGCGUGGCGUACAGCUCUCCGGAGGCCAGAAGCAACGCAUCGCCAUCGCGCGUGCGCUGGCAAGGCAGCCAAAGGUGCUGCUGCUGGAUGAAGCCACCAGCGCUUUGGACGCGGAGUCAGAGUUCCAGGUGCAGCGUGCCAUUGAUGCCAUGAUUGCCGAAGGCUCCAUGACCGUGGUGAUCAUCGCCCACCGCCUCAGCACCGUGAAGAACUCCCACAAGAUUUGCGUCAUCAAGGGCGGCCAGGUGGUGGAGGAGGGGUCCCACGAGGCUUUGCUGGCGGCCAGGGGCGCCUACUUCCAACUCGUAGAGUGCCAGCUGCCACUAGAGCUGCAAGCAGAGCUGCAAGAGGCGCAUGGUGCCGGCCAAGAUGUCUUUGACCCGAGACCGCGGAUGCACCCCGGCGCCCGGAAGGAUGCCGUGCAUGCGGUGCUCACCGCCAGCCUGGUCAACGACUACCUGCGCCUGCAGGCUGCGGUCCGUAUCUAUGCCGAGAGGCAUGGACCCCUCCCGGAGAUGGGCCUUGCCUGGAGUUUGGACCAGACCCUGGCAGCCUCAAAAGCUUCCCGGGCGCCCCAGACGUCGCAGGAUGCCAUGAGCCCCCGUGAGGCAGACCUUUCGUCGGCUGCCUCUGGUAUUGGCGAGCUGCGCGGGGAGGCGCCCGCCACAAGCCCGCAGGAUGUGAGCGUGGAGUCGCCGGGCCCCACCCCGAAAGUGCUCUCGCGCCAGGCCAGCGCCAGCGCCGGGCCCAUCGAGGCCCUUUCCAAGACCAUGGCCUCCAUCGAGGACUCUAUGCAACUGCCGCAGUGGCUGCGGCAAAUUCGCCACUGA